AUGACCCCAUUGGAAAAUGUGACUGAGCUGGAGUGUUUAAUACAGUUGGUGAGAGCGGGAGCCACUGUAAAUGGAUGUACCACACGCUUUGCUCAAACACCAGCCCAUAUUGCUGCUUUUGGAGGGCAUCCUCAGUGCCUCAUCUGGUUAAUUCAGUCAGGAGCCAACAUAAACAAACAGGAUUAUGUUGGUGAAACACCUGUUCAUAAAGCCGCUCGAUCUGGCAGCAUGGACUCCAUAAGUGCCCUUGUGGCUCAUGGAGCUCAGAUAGACUUGAGAAAUGCCAGUGGCCUGACAGCAGCAGAUCUUGCACAUGCCCAGGGCUUCCAGGAAUGUGCUCAGUUGCUCUUGAAUCUCCAGAACUGCCCGCUGAACCAUUUCUAUAGCAAUGGCACCUUAAAUGGGUUCCACCAGAAUACCAGCCCCCAUCUACUCAGUAAAGGCACAAGUCGGAAACGAUCUUUUGAAGAUAUGGAGAGUGCUGGAAUAAAGAAAGCUAGGACUGAAGGUCAAAAUAUUGAUGGCUUAAUACCGAUGACAAACGGAGGACAUGAAGAUGAUGCUGACAAUAUGCAUGUUGAUAGAGAGUUUGCUGUGAUACCAGAUACGAACUGCAGUAACUCCAUAUUGAAUGCAUUGACAAAUGGAUAUUUCAUCAAUGGACAGUUGGACUUCAGCUCCCCAGCACAGCUCAAUGGAUUGAGUGCCAGGCGUGAAGAAUGCUUAACAUUGAUAGUACCUAACGAAGUAGUCUCUGCCAAUAAGCGUACAAUUAAUGUUGUUAAUGGCAUUGAGGAACCAGAAAAAAUUAUAAAUACUUCCGAUAUGUGCGGUUCUUUGCAUCUGAAUGGAAGCCCAAGUAGUCUUGUGUCAAGUAGGCCUUCGUGGCUGGAGGACCUUGGAGAUACAUUGCACUAUGGGCAUUAUCAUGGUUUUGGCGAUACUGCUGAAAGCAUUCCUGAACUUAGCAGUGUUGUUGAGCAUUCCAAUUCUGUUAAAGUGGCACAGAAGUACGACAAUACUGUCUUAGGUACAAUGUAUCUUUAUCAUGGUUCCUAAAGCUGUCAAAUCUACAUUUUGUGGAUGUCAAACAUAUUUUGGGAAACUACUUCUACUAAACAAUAUAAUAUGGGAGGAAAUAUCUGAAGGAUGUAGCAAGUAACAGUUUUUUACACAUUGUUAAGAGAAUUUGCCACUUGACAGCCUUAUGCUUCUAGUUUGCAUGCACGGGGUUCAAUAGUUAUGUGAAUAGGUGCUUUUUACAAUGGAAUGUUUGGUCUUUUUUAUGACAAGUUCUAAUUUUGUACUUUUUUUAUUUCUAAGCUAUAGACACUGUACCCUAGAAAACUGUGUUCACUUUCAUUAAGCCUCUGUUAAAACUAAACUUUGUAGGAAGAGGUUGGUUUUGGAUAUUAGCAACGUACAAAUUCUCAAGGCUUUCUGUUGAGGCUAUGGUAAGUCAUGUGCACACCAGCUGUGACAAUGCAAGGAGUGGCAGUGACAGCAGACAUUUCCUAAUUUGCUUAUUUCUUGAAGGGGAAAAAAAGUAGAUUUUCUUGUAAGCUGUCCCAUAUAUUUAAUGCUCAAAAUGCAGUAACAAUUGGAUAGUUCUUUAGAUGCUUCUCUUUAAAGUUACAGCUAGGUGGCAAUCUGUCCUAUUUAGGGGGGGGAAACGCCAACUUUCUUGUAGCAGAAAAUUGGGGAAGUGGGUUUUCUAUGUUCUACUGAAGGAAGAGCUUGGGGCGUUUUGAUUUUUUGCUUUACAGAUAUUCACGCUAUUUUACCAUAGCUCACAGAAUGGCAUGUUGGCAUUGUGUUUUACUGUGUAUGUGAAUUACAAAUACUGUUGCUUGUUGAAAUGUUUGUCUGGUCAAUAUAUUUCAGCUUUACCUUUUAUUGUAUGCAUAUACUGCGUUCUUGUUUAAGGAAAUUUAAUACUGUGUAUGCCCAGCCUAAAAAAAAGAGGGGCUGGGUUUUGUUUUGUUUUCAAGCCGAGUUUAGUGGGAAUACAUUGUUUAAAAGUUGCAUAAAUUGUACAAGCAGAAUCCAUAACACGUGCACUGCAAAACUUUUCUAAUGUUAUUUUUGUGCUUUUUGUUUUUGUAAAGUUAAGCUGGGUAAAGAAAAUGUUGAACUAAAGGCAAACCAGGUGUGCGUUUAACUUGUGUUACAUGUUUUUGUUUCCAAAGGGACCUUUACAAAUUGAAUUUAAAAAUAAACUCCA